AUGGCCAUAACUCUGGUGUCCUCCAGCUACCCUCAGCCACGCCGCCGACCCAUACACAUAGGCACCUCUCCAGGCGAUCCAGGAGACAAGAGGGAGGAUUGGGAGGUUCUCUGGCCCUUCAUCUCGCUCCGUGAUCGGAGUAAGCAGAUGAUGUCAGCCCCAGACUUUGGUGCGGCCAAGAGCAAGGCAGAGCUCCUGGGGGAGCAGUGGCUCCCAAUGGUGGGCCAGUCGCAGAUGGACGAGGACAUGGCCAAGGGCUGGCUGGGUGACUGGGCUCUGCAGGGAUCUAACAAUGAGGAGAAGAGGAACAUCGUGGUGGCAGAUGAUGCAGCGUUCAGGGAGAAAAGUAAGCUGCUAACCGCCAUUUAG